GAACGCGCCGCUUGGAUGAGGGAUGCCUUCACUUUCCCACCACCAGAAAGCUGCCAUCAGGCGCUCGACUUCCGGAAGCACGUUGUCGCAAAGCGGAAGUGCAACGCGUUACGCCCACCGGCGCCCGGAAGGUCAGCGUGUGAAGGAGGCAGUAGUAACGCGGGAUUCCCCGCUGCUGCCUCGGUGCAACGGCGGAGCUCUCGACCCCGGCCUGAGGCGGCGGGGGGAAGCGGACGUCGGUUUGGUGUGACACCAUGGAGGGCGGCGGGGGCAGUGGCAACAAAACCACGGGGGGCUUGGCCGGCUUUUUUGGGGCCGGCGGAACUGGUUACUCGCACGCGGAUUUGGCCGGCGUGCCGCUUAGUGGAUUUCAAGUCUGGCCCUCUGAAAGUCUGCGUUUUCUUUUGCCCUGACCUCCCUCCAUAUGUAACUGGUAUGAACCCCCUGUCUCCUUAUUUAAAUGUGGAUCCACGAUAUCUCGUGCAGGAUGCCGAUGAGUUUAUUUUACCGACUGGAGCUAAUAAAACCCGGGGCAGGUUUGAACUGGCCUUCUUUACCAUUGGAGGAUGUUGCAUGACUGGGGCUGCAUUUGGGGCAGUGAAUGGUCUUCGGCUAGGAUUGAAGGAAACCCAGAAUAUGGCCUGGUCCAAACCAAGAAAUGUACAGAUUUUGAAUAUGGUGACUAGGCAAGGGGCACUGUGGGCCAAUACUCUGGGUUCUCUAGCUUUGUUAUAUAGUGCAUUCGGUGUUAUCAUUGAGAAAACACGAGGUGCAGAAGAUGACCUGAACACAGUGGCAGCCGGAACCAUGACGGGCAUGUUGUAUAAAUGUACAGGUGGGCUUCGAGGAGUUGCACGAGGGGGUCUGGCAGGCCUAACACUUACCAGCCUGUAUGCACUGUAUAACAACUGGGAGCACAUGAAAGGCUCCUUGCUCCACCAAUCACUCUGAAGAUUCUGCCAACUCCUGGAGGACACUUGUAUUAAUUAUCCAGUUAAUAAGUCAGUCUGGAUUUACUUUCUCCUGUCUACAAUUAGCUUGAAAAAUUGAAGAUUGAUUUACUGUGAUGAAGAUGAUCAUGGAUAACAUGGAUAACCAGGACCGGCAGUCCUUUUUGCCCUCAGUGAGCUGAAGCCCAAACCUUGGUGGCUUACUGAGUAAUGUGGUUCUCUUCUCCUUUGGAGCUGACCUUGCACCUACAAGUUCUCUCCCCUACCCUGAACUGGAAAGCCACUCAACUCCCAGAAUUCAGGUCAUGCUUGUCAGUCCUUUAUCACGCAAUUUGUUCAUUAAUGAUCUGAAACUGUAACAUUGCCCUGUACUCUUAAAUAAAGGGUGAAAAUAGAACCAAAGUCAUAA